AUGCGGCUUCUGAUCUUCGUCUGUGUGAUGACAGUUGUUGGCUGUGUUCCCAUACAACCAACCCAGAAAGACAGCAGUGGUGCUGCAGUUGGUGUUGUCCCUUCAUCUAACACCCAGAAUGUGGCUAGUGGUGCUCCUAAAACAGGUGUGGUUCCUUUAAAACUGGUGCCACAGCAACAUGGUGCAGAAACCUUACAAGAGCUUAAAGGAGACUUGGGUGUCCAUGAGGGAGACAUUUUGAUGCCGGUGGACAGGAAUGCUGUGGAGAGCCUGUGGGAGGACGCCAUCGUACCCUACGCCAUCAGCAGCACGCUGGCCAUCCAAGAGUCGAACAUCCUCAGUGCCAUCAAGAUGAUAUCGGCUGUCACCUGCAUUCGCUUCGUACAACACACCACGGAGUUCAACUCCCUGCUCUUCACAAAGAGCACUGGCUGUGCGUCCUUUGUUGGUUGCCAGGGAGGUGUCCAGCCGCUGUAUUUUGGCAAGUCCUGUAGCGUGGGCAAUCUCUGCCACGAGAUCAUCCACGCUCUGGGGCUGAAUCAUGAACACACCCGCCAGGACCGGGACCAAUACAUCAGCGUGCAGUGGCAGAGCAUCAUACCAGGGAGAGAAAGUAACUUCGAGGUGAAAGAUGGAGACACUCUGAACCUGCCUUAUGACCUCGAAUCCAUAAUGCACUAUGGGCCGUAUUUUUUCAGUGUAAAUGGGAGUCCGACAAUGUUGCCAAAGGGUCAGAAGGAAGUGGUCAUGGGUCAGAGAACACGCCUGUCCUCCCUGGAUAUACAGAAACUCAACAAACUCUACAACUGUGGAAAGCGGCAAUAAGGAUCUGGCUGACCU